AAGGUAUUGGUGAUCCAUACAUUGAAAAACAAUGGUAGCUUUCAACCCCAUGCAACUCUUCUGUGGCAUAAAAUUGUGGAGAUUGAGCCAGUGGAUUGCUGUAGCAACAGUGAUUUCCUUAUGCAAGUCAAUGCCUCAAGCUGCUCCUCCAUUAUUAAAAAAUGUGCCAUUCAUUUUCAUGUGGAAUGCUCCCACAGAAUUGUGCAAGUCAAGAUAUGGACUUGAUCUGGACCUGAAAUAUUUUCAAUAUGUGAGCAGUACUUUGAAAACUGCCACCAAUCAGACGGUUUCAAUAUUCUACUCUGACAGAUUUGGCAUUUACCCUACUGUAAAUGAAAUAACGGGUGAGUCAUUCAACGGGGGUCUCCCCCAACUGGUUAAUUUAAAAAAACAUUAUGAACAAGCAAAGAAAGAUGUUGAUUUCUACAUUCCUUACGACAACCCUGGCUUAGCUGUCCUUGACUUGGAGGACUGGAGACCACAGUGGGUUAGAAACUGGGCUGAAAAAGACAUCUACAGAAGAUAUUCUACUGAUCUCGUUCAGCAGAGGGACCUAACCCUAACCUUUGAAGAAGCUUACCAUGUUGCCAAAGAUGAGUUUGAACAGGCAGCAACAAGUUAUUUUAAGAACUCUUUGAAGCUGGGAAAGUCAUUAAAACAUAAGCGUGUAUGGGGCUACUACCUAUUCCCUGAAUGCUACAAUCAUGACUACAGUCAAACUAUAAAUUAUACUGGAAGAUGUCCUGAUAUUGAACUAGAAAGAAACAAUCAGCUUCAGUGGCUUUGGAAUGAAUCCACUGCUCUUUACCCAUCAAUAUAUCUGGAGAUAAUAUUGAAGGCUUCCCCUAAGGCCCUGCUGUUUGUUCGCCAUCGUCUGCAGGAAGCAAUGCGAGUUGCCAUGCUUCCCAAUCCGUCAUACUCUCUCCCUGUGUAUGCAUAUACUCAGCCUGCAUUUAAAGACAAUAAUACAGAAUAUCUAUCUGAGAUUGACUACGUGCAUACAUUUGGAGAAGCUGCGGCUUUAGGUGUUUCAGGUAUUGUUCAGUGGGGAAGUCUAAAUUUUACAAAGAGCAUGGAUACUUGUGUAGCCUUAAGAAGUCACAUUGAAAAAACUUUGAAUCCAUACAUCCUGAAUAUAACCACAGCAACAAAACUCUGCAGUGCAGCACUUUGCAAAAACAAGGGAAGAUGUAUCAGGAAGAACUGGAACUCCAGUGAUUACCUGCACUUGAAUCCACAAAGCUUUGAAAUUCAGAGGUCGAAAGGUGGUGAGCUGUCAGUGAAUGGGAAACUGUCACAGAAAGAUGUAAUAUCACUGGAAGAAAAGUUCACCUGUCUCUGUUUCACAAAAGAACCCUGUAAUGAAAUAAGUAUUUUAAAUAACUAUUCCAGAGGAAUUUACAAUAAGGGUUUUAUUUUUUCACUUUCUGUGGAACUUGUCCUUGGUUUAUUUAUUCUUAUUAUAUUCGGUGGUCACGUUAUGUACUACAAUGACCCUAUCAUAUGUUUUUAACAUACACCAGUGCACUACAGGUGUUUGUAAUUUGAAAGACAAUAAUGACUAAGAAGUGUAUGAUUAGCUUUAAAGUGUGUAAUGUUGUUUAUGUGCCGUUUGAAGUGGACAAGUUUGGCACACAUACUAAGCUACUUCCUUGAUAAGUUAAUACUAUAGUGUGUGUGUGUGUGUGUGUGUGUGUUUGUAUGUAUGUCUGUGUGUGUGUGUGUGGUUUGGGGUGUUGGGUUAAAUAAAGAUGAAUUCAUUUUAAUGUAAGUUUGGUAGGGAUAGGGUUAAUUUCAUCCCUGCCAGGACCUGCAGGUGUAAUGUGGCCAUUCCCUUAUUAGAUAAUUGAGUGUUAAUUGGGGAAUGGCCACAUGUAUAUAUAACAAGCAAACAACCAUUGUUUGGUUGGUAAGGUUCCCACCUCUUGAUUUACAAAAAACUGGGACACCAGAGUCAUUUUGUACAAAAAAAACAAAAUCAUAAUUUGAUGGCAUUUAAUGUCCCGGGAAGUCUUACAAAUUUCCCAGCACAGCUGCCUCAAAAAGAGAACAAUCCAGGCAAAACCAGAACAGGUGUUUUUUUUUUUUUCUUAGGCUGAGUAUGUGAACUAUGUUUUGAAGACGAAUGCCCAGCCUACAAGUGUUUAUUCUUUUUGUUUGAACCUUUUAUUUCGGCCCCUGUGCUGUUGUUUCUUUGUUUCAUUUGCAUUUUGUUAAUUAAAGUGUGCUUUGUGCGUACAACUGCGUUUUUUGCCUCUGAGUCUCUUUCCUGCCGAUAACCUUUGGGGCCACAGCACUAUCCUGCAACAAUUAAUUUAUGCUUAUGUUAACAUUUCCUAGGAACAAUAUUUGCUA